UCAUCCACUUCUUUCAGUAUCUCUUUCGCUCCAUGGCUGAUGGUUAGUUUCUCUCUGUAUCUUAUCGGCAGUAACAACUACAACCGGAGAAGAUGCUACGGAUCACAUCAUUCUCCUCUCGUCAUCUGGCAUUAAAUCCGUCCGACUCAACGAACGUAUUUUCUCGUUCGCUUCCUUCUCGCACGGCCGCCGCCCGGCGUCGGAGAGACUCUCAUCGGAGUCCUAAUCUCAAGCGGCUGACCUCUCGUGUCGUCAGACUCACCCAUCGCAAGCAGCUCCACCAGGUAUUUAAGGAAAUUGAGAUCGCCAAGAGACGUUAUGGAAAGCUGAAUACAAUUGUUAUGAAUGCGGUCUUGGAAGCUUGUGUUCAUUGUGGUGAUAUUGAUUUAGCUCUGAGGACUUUUAAUGAAAUGUCCAACCCAGAUAAUUGUGGUCUAGACAAUGUCAGUUAUGGCACGCUAUUAAAGGGUUUGGGUGAAGCUCGCAAGAUUGAUGAAGCAUUUCAAAUUCUUGAAUCUGUGGAGGAAGGUACUGCUAUUGGGGGUCCAACAUUGUCAGCACCACUUAUUUAUGGUCUUCUAAAUGCUUUAAUUGAAGCAGGAGACAUGCGCCGUGCCAAUGGUCUAAUAGCACGAUAUGGGUUCUUACUUCGUGAAGGAGGCAAUCUCUCUAUAUCAGUUUACAACUUAUUGAUGAAGGGGUACGUAUGCUCAGGUGUUCCUCAAGCUGCUUUAGCCAUGUACAAUGAGAUGCUAAAUCUGGAGUUGAAACCUGAUAGGCUCACAUAUAAUACAUUAAUCUCUGCUUGUGUGAAGAUCAACAAACUGGAUGCAGCAAUGCAUUUCUUUGAGGAAAUGAAGGAACAAGCUGAUAAGUAUGACCAGGAAGAUAUUUUUCCUGAUGUUGUGACGUACACUACUUUACUUAAGGGUUUUGGGAUUCUGAAAGAUGUCUGUCUUGUUCACAAAAUUGUGCUGGAAAUGAAGUCUUCUCAUGAUUUGUUGAUUGAUCGAACAGCAUACACCGCAAUGAUUGAUGCUUUGGUUAACUGUGGCUCUAUUAAUGGUGCUCUUUCUUUAUUUGGGGAAUUAUUGAAGCUUUCGGGGUGGAAUUUGGACUUACGGCCAAAGCCACAUCUCUAUCUCACUCUCAUGAGAGUUUUUUCUAGUAGAGGAGAUUAUAGGAUGGUCAAAUGUUUGCAUAGACGCAUGUGGCUGGACUCCUCUGGAACUAUUUCUCCUGCAUAUUCGGAAGAAGCUGAUCAUCUUCUCAUGGAGGCAGCUUUAAAUGACAACCAGACCACAGCAUAUACGCCCUCAGUAGAUAGAGAUGGACUGUUGAUUGUUAUACAAGUUAUUGAGCUAAUACAGUGGUAGUUUAUCCAAUUUACUAUAGUUUUUACCACAAUGAGGGUCUGAGUGGCAAAGAAACAAGUAUUUUCCUUUAUGUAUUUGGCAAGAUUUUAAGUUGCAAGUUGUCAAAAGCCACCUGGAAGCAAAAAUCUUGUUUACAUGAAUUGUUGUUUUGGUUGUUGGUGUAUGUACAGUACAUAUUUGGUCCUAAAAAGGGCCUCCUCCAUGCCAUUUUUCCAAAUUGAUGUUUUAUGUGCAACUGUAAGGAAAAGCGAGAGAAUUACCGUCCAUUAGUAUUUUAAGGAAGCUCAUACACAUUUUGGGUCCAUCCCUAUGCUUUUCAUGAGAUAUAAGGAAAUCUACAGUACAAAAUAGGGGAUUUUAAAAAAUAGAAAAAUAAGUGAAAUUAUUUACACAAAAUAGCAAAAUUUUAAUCUUCUUUGAUAGAGGUUAAUAGAAGUCUAUCAACUGUCUAUCAGUGAUAGAAAAUAAUUUAAGUUUAUCACUGAUAGACGCGGAUAGAAAUCUACCCGUGUCUAUUAUUGUUUUUUUUUUUUUUGCUAUUUUUGUAAAUAUUUUGACAUUUUUUCUAUUUUGUGAAAACUUCCUACAAAAAUAUUGCAUCACCAUCUUUUUAAGCAUACAGUGGGAUAUUUGGAAUGGCUCCAGUGAGAACACGUU